AUGCAGUACUAUACUAUACAGUGCUAUACAGAGCAAUACAGUACAGUACGGUACGGUACAGUACAUUGCAGUGCAGUACGACUAAAGAUCGGGAACAUCACUCCCAAGCUUUGUGCCACAGCGACAAGAGAUGGGCGUACAGAAUCGGUGUUGAAAUGUCUCCGUUUUUAUCCAUCCAUCCGGUCCUGGUUUAAAGUCCAGUUCCGCCAGGAUCUUCUUAGAAAAAGAAUAACAAGAACAUCACUGAAAUAUGAGCUUUAUUUUGUAAUUAUAGACAUAAAUAGAAAAGAUAUAAAUAUACGAAGAAAAAAUGUGCAAGUGCUUUCGAAACACAAGAAGAAUAAGUUCCUUAUUAAAAGCUGUAGAGGUGGGGAGGUUGAGUGGACAGUAUAUUGUACCUUUCUAAGCAAAAACAAAAACACUGUCAACUCUCUUUACUUAAUUGAUUAUCCUUCUAAAGAAGACUUUUUGUUUCGAAUGUGCAUUGUAUUCGUCAACGCAGUCAAGGCAAUGCAGUACAACACAACACGUCAGAACAAGACCAGACCAGACCAGACAAAAUCAAAGCUUUAUUUUCAAACCUUUGUCAUUAUUGUAACACAAGCAAAAGCAUUCUAUCCCAAAUAG